GGCAUAAAUUUGGCGGGAAAGGAAAGAGAACGAAGAAGGCGAAAUCGACUAGACUUUUGAAAUGUUCGCUGACGAUAACACAGAUACAAAGUGCACUGGAUUGAAAGCAGAAGUAUUUCUUUCAGAACCGAAAAAUAAUUGUGAUGAGGUUGAUGAAUCUGAUCGUUUGGAACGAGCAAGUUGUUCGUAUUCGAACAGCAGUGACAGAUUUCGUUUGAAGGACAGAACAUUUCGUCAGUUUGCACAAAUUUAUGCUGUACGACUAAUGACAAUGAGAAAGAAACUAGCUGCAGCGGCGAGGAAGGAGUGGGGAAGCUCUCUUCCCAUCAGAAAAUUGUCAGAACUAAAACAUGGAGAACCGUGUAUUAUUGUUGGAACUCUUUUUAAAAAGAUGGAACUGAAGCCCUCGAUACUCAAGGAAAUUAGUGCUGAGGAGAAUCUCUUGAUCCAGCCUGUUAGAGCCAAAUACGCAGAUGAUGAAGAUGUCUUGGUAAUGGAGGAUGAAACACAACGAGUCGUCUUGACAGGAAAUAUUCCUGUAGGGACGUCAAUAAGUGGCACUGUGAUGUCAUUGAAGGGGUAUACAACAGAUGAAGGGAAGUUUCAAGUUGAAAGCAUGACAUUUAGUGGUUUACCAUACCAAGUUGCUGCUGAUCUUGACAAAGAAAUUUCAGAUGGUGAAGAUAGAUAUCUGGCCAUUAUAUCAUGCCUUGGGUUUGGUAGCAAAAAUCAAGAUAUACUAAGUUUGCAAAUGCUAACUGACUUGAUAACUGGAGAUCUUGGAAGUAAACAGGACCAAGAGUCAUCUUGUAAAAUAGUAAGGCUUAUCAUUGCUGGCAACUCACUAAGUCAAUGUACUCAGGACAAGGAGAGUGAAACAAAGGCUAAAUAUUUGACAAGAAAUAUAGUAGCUGGUACUGUGGAUGCUAUCAAAGAAUUUGAUGAUUUUGCACUUCAACUUGCAGAGUGCAUCCCAGUUGAUGUUAUGGCUGGAGAGUUUGAUCCUACAAACCACAACUUACCUCAGCAACCUCUCCAUCCCUGUAUGUUUCCAAAAGCUAUUGCAUAUCCCACAAUGCAAAGUGUUACAAAUCCUUAUGAGGCAGUAAUAGGUGGUGUAAGGGUUCUUGGUACGUCAGGUCAGAAUGUGAAUGAUAUCUAUCGUGUUACCACAUAUCAAAACAACAUGGAUAUUCUAGAGCAAAACAUGAUAAGUGGACAUAUUGCACCAACUGCUCCUGAUACGUUAGGCUGUUAUCCAUACUAUGAUGAAGAUCCAUUCAUUCUGGACAAGUGCCCACACUUGUAUUUUGUUGGAAACCAACCUAAAUAUGAUUCCAAGAUCUUAACUGGAUCAAGCAACCAAAAAAUCCUCCUUGUAAUGGUUCCUGACUUUUCUACCAGUAAGACAUGUGUUUUGGUAAACCUGCGAACAAUGACAUGCCGUCCAUUAAAGAUGGUAUCAUCUUUAGGAUCAACAAAGAAAGAUGAGGAAAAUGAAGAUGAACUCAUGGAAAAAUAGACUAUUUGAUACCAAUGUUUGUGACCCAUCAGUGGCCAUUACCCUGUGAUAWAGGUUGCUUCUAGCUAAAGAUUUACUUUACUCUCCCUAUCUCAUCAUUGUAAUAGCCCAAAAAAUUGCCAAAAAAUCUAAAUAAAAAAAUUCAU